UCAUCCUCCAACCGAAUGUCCUUCUCUCCUCCUCCGUCCCAGACAGUGCUGAUCCACCAUCGACACCUUUUCUCGUCGCUCAAACGUGCUGGACAUCCAAAGUUAUCGGAGUCCAAUUCCCCAUCAUGGCUUCUCAAUUCACUGCCUGGCUGCGGAGCCCUGCGGCGCGAGAGUACUUUUUUUCGACACACUUCUGGGGCCCAGUCGCAAACUGGGGUUUGCCGCUCGCAGCACUUGCGGAUCUCAAGAAGGAUGAAGAGAUCAUCUCAGGGUCCAUGACCACCGCUAUGGCGCUGUACUCCACGGUAUUCAUGCGCUUUGCAUGGAGAGUACAACCGCGGAAUUACCUUCUUUUUGCCUGCCACUUGACCAACGCUACUGCCCAAACAGGACAGCUCUUCCGAUUCUGCAACUACCAUUACUUUGGUGGGCGAGAAAAGGCGCUCGGAGGCGCUCCCAAACAGGCGACAUCCGCCUAGUCUCUCUCCCUCGCUUCAGACCUCGCCUACCUUCGCCGGAGCGUGGCGUACCAUUUCUCUCUAUGCCCGCAAGAAAUUUGGUACCAUGUAUAAAUAGACUCGAAUUCGGUUUUCCUUCGACAUCGCUCUUCAUUCUCUAUUUGAUCUCGUUCAAGCAUGAAUAGGCGUGCGGAUGCCGUCUGUAGAGGUCUCAAAGUGAUAUGCAAUACAUGCGCGGUUACUAAAAAG